UAAUAGCACCAAGAAAUUGAAAAGAGUGAUGUGAGAUGAACAUUUUUUAAGCGAAAACAGAAAGGAUGCACCAAACAUAUUUGCACCGCCUGCUGAUUCUGAUGACACUCAGAUGUCUGACAUACGCUGAAGAUGAGAAGAAAGUUACUGUUUCCUGUCCAGAAGACCAGCAGGCCUUUGGAAGCUCCUGCUACGAGUUUGUGAGUCUGCAGCUCUCUUUUUCCAGUGCUCAGGCUUGGUGUGAGCAGCAUGGGGGACACCUGGCAUUUAUCCCAGAUGAAGAAACUCAACAUUUCCUUCGAAGACACUUGAACCCCGAUAAGGACGUGUGGUUUGGAGCAGCAUCCUCUGCCUCUGCUAACCUGCAGUAUCCUCCAACUGUCCAAGAGUCUGGCAGAUCCAUUAUAUGUACAGGCCGUAUCACCACCCUGAAUUGUGAUUCAGGUCAAGUCUUAAUGAUAGAAGGCGGCUUCUAUGGUCGGAAGAACGUGCAUUACUGUCGACCCACGCACUCCUCGUCGACAACACCCACACCGCUCCAUUGUGGCUGGGUGGACGUCGGAGAAACAUUAACAGCUCACUGCCAAGGUCAUCAGGUCUGCCAGAUCACUGAAGUUUUGAACUCCUUUGGUGAACCCUGUCCUCACCUGGGGAGCUACCUGUCCUUGGAUUACAACUGCACAGAUGUACUCACACUGACGGUGAGGGCCGUGGCUGCUGUGUUUGACGACGUCACCAUCAGCGUGAAGUUUCGCUUAUAUUUGCCCCUUAGCUGCAAGCUGAGUACCGGAGAUGGUCAUGUUGUUUAUCUGCACAAUCCACGGGGGUUGGAGAGCAGAGUGGUACACAAAUACAGUCGUCCAGGCACUUUUGUUGUGGCAGUUGAAUGCACCAGCAGUGAAACACACAUUACAGCUAAGAAAAUAACCAUUCAAGAGACAGUCAGAGAGUUCGGUGCCAUCAUGUGCUAUGCUGGGAAAAAGUCUUUUCACGUGGCCAACUGCAAAGCCCUUUACGGAGAGCAAUUUCAAAUUCAAAUGGAAGUGAAAGCUGGAACAAAUGUGACCUACAAAAUCCAAAGUGGUAACAUAAUGUUAUCCGGUUUAUCUGUUGUCAGAGGAAAUGUUCCUCAGAACAUCACAGUGACUCCUGUUAUGGUGAAACAGCUUGGGCCUGGCUGCCAUCAGCUGACCCUUCAUGCAUCUAACACGGUCACGAUCCCCGAAGUGUCUGCAGACCUGCAGGCUUCUACAACUCAAAACUCUAUUAUAGCAAAAACCACUUCUGGUCCUGCCACUACAUCACGUGGCAGUAAUAGUGCCACCACUGCCACUACUGUUAUCGCUACCACUGCCAGCACCACUGCCACUGCUACCUCCACCACCACUUCAACCGCUACCACUGCCAGCACCAUUUCCACUGCCACCACCUCCACCACCACUUCAACCGCUACCACUGCCAGCACCACUUCCACUGUUGCCUCCACCACCACUUCAACCGCUACCACUGCUGGCACCACUUCCACUGCUAUCACCACCACCACCACCACUGCUACCACUGAUGAUACAGUUUCACCAGCGACUGCCAACAAUUUUGAUGGCAUUAAGUGUACCAUAUCACCACCAAGUGGAACAAUCCUGGACGCUUUCAAAAUAACUUGCAAUACUCAAAGUCCUUGUCCCAACUGUCAGUAUUGUUUUAAGACGGAUAAGGGUGAGCAUCUGCGUUGUAGUGAGUACAAUGAAGUGCAAUCUGUCUUCCUUCCUCUUGGAGACAGCAGUUCCAACUACAACUUGAUUAUCGGAGCAACUGCUAAAUACAGCAGUUUUGUAGUUAGCACCACUGUAACUACACAGGUUUUUUCCUCCCCUCAGGUGCUGGAUUCCACUGCAAACUCCAGCUCUUUAGUUAAUAGUCUUAAGGUUGCGGUGGAGAAUGCUGUGGCUCAGCUAAAGAAGCAAGGUCUACUGUCAGGAGAAACUCUGGGACAACUCUUCAGCUCUGUGGGCGAUAAACUGAACAGUCAAUCCGAUGAAUCCAAUAAAGACGAUAGACAAAGGCUUCGUGAGCAGAUGCUGGACGUCAUGUCUACUACGGUGAAACAAGUUCCUGCGAAUACUUCAAAGGAGGUUCAGGUGAUAGCCAGGGGACUGACUGGUUUUAUCCAGAAAGGCAGUGAACUCAGCACUUCCGCCCAGGAAAAGGCCUCAUUAUUGUUUGCAAACCUCAGCUCAUCUCUGCUCCACAUGAAAGUGAGCAAUAAGGAAGAAAUAUUUGAUGCAGCCAACACCAUUGUGGAAGGAGCAAGCAAUAUCCUGGACUAUUCUUCAAAUAAAAACACCUCUGAUGCCCUCCUCGUUACUCUGACCAACAUACAGAGUGCCCUGUUGACAUUUAAAAAUGUUAAUGAAGCACCGACUAUCAUCCAGCAACCUCAUAUUAGUGUGCUUGUCAAUAGAGUGACACCAAGAAAUUUGCACACAACGUCUAUAAAUAUUCCCAACAGCUCCGGCCCCAUAUUUUCUCUCCCAGUGCUACCACCUAAAAUAGUUCCUCCAAAAGACCCAGUGGAUAUACGUAUGCUGAGUUUAGAUAAAAACCCAUUUGCAUGGAACACGAGAGGGAACAUCAGUGGUCUGAUAGGUGCUCUAUCCCUUACGGAAAAAGAUGGCUCCAUUAUCCCUGUGGAGGACUUGAGUAAAGAUAUUGAAAUUCUUUUGCCGAGGCCCGUUGGAGAGCAGGUGAACACGUCUGUUUUGGACUUGGGGAACUACAGCACAACUAUCAUAGACGUUCCUUCAGCUGACACUACGCUAGUGUUAAAGAUGGUGCCUUCAAAGGACUCCUUACCCUUCAAAGUCUACCUUGGUCAUAUGAGCUAUCCCAGUGACACAAAUAAUGUAGCAAUGACUGAAAUGCCUCACCAGGGAGCUACACAAGAGGAGAGAUACACUUGGCUACUAGAACCUAAGGAUUUGAAGGGAAACACUGGAGUGCACUAUCUUGUAGUGAGGCCCAUAGUCGGCCCAGGUAUAAAAUCCAUUAAUGCCAGUUUGUCAGUCACCUCCAUCACCGCCAAAUGUCAAUUUUGGAAUGAGUCAGAACUGGACUGGAGCGACUAUGGAUGUAGGGUUGGUGUUCAGACAACUCAUUUAGUCACCCAGUGCCUCUGCAACCACCUCACCUUCUUCGGGAGCUCUUUCUUUGUCACUCCCAACCUUGUCGACCCAUCACGCACCGCUGAGCUGUUUGGAACUUUUGCUGAGAACCCUGUGGUUGUCUGCUUCGUGGGGGCACUCUUCGUGGCCUAUCUCUUGACGGUCGUGUGGGCGCGACGAAAAGACAUUCAAGAUGCAGCCAAGGUGAAAGUGACUGUGCUGGAGGACAAUGACCCAAUGGAUGAGUACCGCUAUCUGCUGAGUGUCAGUACUGGGCACCGGAGAGGAGCUUCCACUUCCUCUCAGGUGACAAUAACUCUGCUGGGUGCAGAGGGAAACAGUGAACCACAUCACCUGACAGAUCCAAAGAAAUGUGUAUUUGAGAGAGGUGCGGUGGAUCUGUUUCUGCUUACUGCACCUUUCUCCCUGGGAGACCUGCAGGGCAUUAGACUAUGGCACAACAACUCGGGGAGCCAGCCUGCCUGGUAUGUUGGCAAUGUGACUGUGCAAGACUUACAGACAAAUCAGAAAUGGCAUUUUCUGUGCAACUCCUGGAUGGCCAUAGACAUGGGUGUUUGCUGCCUUGAUCAGGUUUUUCACGCUUCAUCAGAGACGGAUUUGAAGAGUUUCAGUAAUUUGUUCUUCUUGAAGACAUCGAAAGAUUUCAGUGACGGACACCUCUGGUACUCUGUGAUCAGUCGACCGCCGAGCAGCACAUUCACUUGUGUUCAGAGAGUUUCCUGCUGUUUUUCCCUGUUGCUCUGCACCAUGCUGACCAGCAUCAUGUUUUAUGGCAUCCCAACAGACCCCUCUGAGCAGACCAUGGACCUGGGUCACUUUGAGUUUACCUGGCAACAGUUCAUGAUUGGAGUCCAGAGUUCCCUCAUCAUGUUUCCAGUGAACAUCCUUAUUGUUAGCAUCUUCAGAAACACUCGUCCCCGGGAGACAUCCUGUUGCAAACGCAUAACAGAAAAGACAGACUCCGUUAAGCAGUCUUCGGUAUCGCAGACUACUAACACCAACUUGAAUGUCACUUUAGAAACUGUCAUAAAGGCAGGUGCUUCAUGUUUUUAUAGUGUACUUUUGAGAGGUAGCUAUUUUCAUCUUUUGCUCAGAAUUUUUAGAAGCAAAAUAAUUGUGAUAAAGUCAUAUUGUGAUAUCACAAGAAUUGCCCGUUCACUGUCUAAGACAGCGAAAAACAACAUCCCAGGCACAGAGUCCGAGUUUGGACCUGGACAACAAGUUGAUGUCAGUGCUAUUCUUUCUGUGGUGGAGGACUUCAUCAAACAGAGCAACAAAACCACUGACACCUCCCAGUUUAAUCCUCAGAGCAUUCACAACCCCGUUCAGCCUCAGCUGCCAGAGGAGAGCGGUAAUAUGCAUCCUGGGUCAACAGUGGUGGGGAUUCAAAAAAAGAGCAACCAAACUCAGUAUCUGUACCGGCAGCUGUGUCAUGUUGACAAAGAGCUGAGUCUGCUGGGCCCCGCUGGCUUCCACUCCCCACACAGCUACAGCCAGGCUCUGCAGCAAGUCCAGGGCAUGAAGGGAUUCCUUGAGGAUCAGCUCUUCAAAUCCAACUCUGUCAACUUAGAUGAACCUAACCAGGAGAAGACGAGCCCAGGAGAUGGCACUGAUACCGAUGGCAGUCAGAAGAAAAGGACGUGCUGUCAUGGAGGGCUACCAUGGUGGUUCAUUUUUAUUGGGUGGCUAUUAGUGAUUGCAACCAGUGUUGUAGCAGGAUAUUUCACAAUGCUUUAUGGAUUGAAAUUUGGGAAGGAUCGCUCCGUAAGCUGGUUGAUUUCCAUGAUUGUCUCCUUUUUUCAGAGUAUCCUCGUCAUUCAGCCACUGAAGGUGUUAUGUCUUGCAGUUUUCUUUGCACUUGUAAUAAAGAAAGUAGAUGAGGAAGACUAUCAAAAUGUGGAGUUUGUAGGAAAGGACAGCAAUCUAGGCAACUGUAAGGACCAACAAACCUUCAGACAGGAUCGCAGUCUCUAUGAGCCUCCACCUCCUGCAGACAUUGAAAGGAUGAGAAGGAACAAGAUUUUGGAACAGAAAGCCUUUACUCUCUUCUGGGAGAUUUUGACCUAUGUGGGGUUUAUGUGGAUGCUGCUGCUGGUGGCGUACACCGAGAAGGAUCCCAAUGCUUUUUUACUGCACCAACACAUCCGGGAUAGCUUCAGCCAAGAGACCUCGGACAGCAUGAGUCUCGGAGAUGUGUUCACUUGGGCCAAUACAUCUCUAUUAAGCAACCUUUUUGGAACUUACCCAGGAUUUAUCACAGAUGGAAACUCCAAGCUAGUAGGUAGUGCCCGUCUUCGGCAAGUGAGAGUGCAGAAGAACUCUUGUCAGAUCGCAGGGUCCAUGCUUGAGUUUGUACCAGACUGUCACGCGCCAUAUUCAUGGGAGGUGGAGGACAUGAGCUCCUAUGAUCCUGGCUGGAACAACUCUGUGAAGGAUAACAUCUCUAUGGGCACCUACAGGGCAUGGAAGUAUCAGACACAGGCUCAGCUCAGGGCUUACCCUGUCUGGGGCAAAACAGUGAUCUACAGGGGAGGUGGCUUUGUAGCGGAGCUUGGACCGGAUUUACAAAAUGCCAGCAGGACCCUUGAGUACCUGUUCAGGAACAAAUGGCUGGAUAUGUACACCAGGGCAAUUUUUGUGGAGUUCACUGUUUAUAAUGCUAAUGUGAACCUCUUCUGCAUCGUCACACUUUUGCUGGAGUCCACAGCUGUAGGGGCAUUCCAGUUCAACAGUGAGCUGCAGAGUUUUCGGCUUUACCAUUCAACUGAUGGCCUUCACAUCUUCGUUAUGGCUGCUGAGAUCAUAUACUUGCUUUUCAUUCUUUAUUACAUGUUCCUGCAGGGAAAAUUAAUGAAGCAGCAGCGGUGGGCUUACUUCAGGAACAAGUGGAACCUUCUUGAUCUGACUAUAAUCCUACUGAGCUGGAGCGCUGUGGCUGUCUUCAUCUGGAGGACUCUGCUUGGGAACCGCGAUAUUAGCUACUACCAUAGCCACAAAGACCAAUUUCCCAGUUUUUACGAGACCGCCGCAGCAAACUCAACGCUCCAGUGCCUGAUUGCCUUCCUGGUCCUGCUCGCCAGCUUCAAACUGUGGCACCUGCUCAGACUAAACCCCAAGAUGAACUUGAUCACUGCUGCACUGCAGCGGGCCUGGAGUGACAUAUGUGGUUUCCUUAUGAUCGUAGCAAUCAUGUUUGUGGCGUACUCCACUGCGAGCAACGUGAUUUAUGGCUGGGAGUUGUCCUCGUAUAGAACCGUGACAAAUGCUCUGGUGAACAUCAUCAGUUUGCAGAUUGGGGUCUUUAACUAUGACGAGGUUUUGAACUGCAACCCCCUGCUUGGUGGAUUUCUCUUUGGUUCCUGUAUUGUAUUCAUGACAUUUGUGGUGCUCAAUCUCCUCAUCUCAGUGAUUCUAGUGGCAUUCAACCAGGAGCAAAUAUAUCACAAGCCCUCAGAUGAGGAGGAGAUUGUCGACUUGUUGCUGAUGAAAAUCUGCAGUCUUUUUGGGAUCAGAUAUAAAAACACAAAAGACACCCUGGAGCCUGAAGUGAACGAAGACAGUGUCUUGACCCUUCAUAACAGCAGAAAUAUCCUUAACAAUUCCUCAACUGAUGUGAACAUUAUUCAGACUUCCGACAACUCGAUGAAACCCUAGGAACAUGGUUUAUUUAGUUAAUUAGUUGGUUUAGUUCAUAUAUGUGGUGACUGUGACUUAAAAUUUUGUAUGUACUAUUAUCCUUGUGUUCAUUCUUUGCCGGUCAGAUCAUGCUGUGCUGUGCUUCUCUGUAAAUAUGUUGCAAUGUGUGUGUUAUUGCAUGCAUAAUUCUACUGAAUGUCGUCAGUGUGUGCGAGUUGUUUAGUUUCAGAAUAUGUUUUGCACAGGAAUGUUUUUCUCCCAUUGACCUUAACCAGGGUGCACAACAAAGCAGAUGCACUUCUUCUAUCUUUCUUUUUAUCCUGUCUGUUUAUCUAAAGAUAUGCAUCAAUUCACUUCACAUCAUCUGUCAUAUACAGCAUGUAAUUGUUAAACAUUGUUUAAAGUGCUAAGAUUAGAAAAAGUAAGCAAUGAAGGAGACACCUUGUGAAAAAUAAAAGCAUAUUAUCCCGAAUGGAAAAUGGUUGGGAAGAUAAUCGCAGUGAAAGAAGUGUUGUGUUACUGCCGUCACACGUUUUGUCGGCCGAACACUUUGAAAACAAAGCAGCAGCAGUAGGAUGUGUGAGUUAAAUUAGCAGUACGGCUCCGACAAACAGUUCACUGUUCAACAGUGUGGCUGUUAGCAAUGAGAUUAUACUGUCUUGUUUUCCUGUGAACCCCUC